CACGGUUUCAAGAUGGCGGCGGUGGCAUUCCGAUGAGCAUUCCGUCCACAAUCUGACAUGACGUCCAACGCAAACACUGACGCGCCUCAGAGCGUUGCCACAUUUGCAGCCGGGUGCUUUUGGAGCGUCGAGCUGCACUUCCAGCGCCUCCCUGGCGUGGUAGACACCAAAGUUGGGUACAUCAAUGGCCACACCGUGAACCCAACCUAUCGCCAAGUGUGUUCCGGGACCACGGGGCAUGCCGAGGCCGUGCAAGUCACGUUUGAUUCCACGGUAAUCUCGUACCAAGACCUGGUAGACAAGUUCUUCUCGAUCCACGACCCUACGACCCUCAACCGACAAAAGAACGACGUGGGAACGCAAUACCGCAGCGGCAUUUACUACCACAACGACGACCAAAAGGAUUGUGCAGUGGCAUCGAAGAGGAAACGGCAGAAAAGGCCAACGCCCCCACAUCAACGGUGGUGGAGGUCUAUCCUGCAUACCGUCUUUGGUUGCAAUGGCGACGUCGUGGUGGUGACCGAAGUCCUGCCAGCGGGGCAAUUUUACAUUGCAGAAGAGUAUCAUCAGCGGUACUUGGAAAAGGGAGGGCAAUGUGCGGCCAAAGGUUCGACAGCGUCGGUGCGGUGUUAUGGUUAACUAUAGCUAAUGACGUAGUACUGUAGCCCAAUAGAACGCUCUCAUUAUUGUGGUGUCGGUGGUAAGCUAGGAAAGCCGAUGAUUUGCUAAACUAUGGACUUCCGUAGUGUGCUCCAAUACACUAUACGUAUUGUACUCGGUCAAAUUUGAACAAAUGAGUUCUCCA